AGGCAAGGGAAUCCGGAAUGCAAAAAAAGAAUGCAUCUUCUUUAACCUUAGCCGUACAAUUGCAUAGCACGCGAGUUGGCUUCCGAUAUAGAAGGUAGUCGACUUAAAAAAACGAUCCUCAUGCUUUUGCUUAGACAGUUCAAUAGACUACGUCACCAUCACACAUUGAUACCAAACUUUAAUGUUAUUGUUGACUUUUUUUUAUUACUCUUGGUUCUAGUGAGAGUUCACUAUAUACCUUGUGCCAUUGGCACCUAUACUUCUCCCCCAUUCACCUUCGUCUUUAUCUUCAUCUAUCCAUCAAGACAAAUGGUAUCGUCGGGCCGCAGCAGAAACACAAUGAACGCGAUGCGAUGCGAUGCAAUGCAAUGCUAAAACAAAUCGCAACCAACACCACUCAUCCUCCUCAUUUCUUCAUCCCCUCCGAGUGAUGCCCCCAAUGAUCGUA